AUGCCGGAGGUGGCACCGACGACACAGCUUGGUAGGGUGGACGCAGAGAUCGCAGGUGAGGGUGGAGGCAGUCUAGUGGCCAAGGUCGUGGGUGAAGGUGGAGGCAGUCCGGCGGGCGGCCUCAGCCUCCUCAGCCUUGCCAGCGGGAGCCCCACGCAGCUGAAGGCGGCACGCAAGUCGCAGCAGUCUUGGGACUGGGUCGACGACAACGAGCAGAUGAACAGAGCCAAGCAGAAGCUGCGCUUUCUCGAUAUGUUCGGCCUGGACGCGUCGCAGCAGUACAGCUACACGAUCACCGCCGAUAGCCUGAGCGACGUGUUGGUUAAGAGAGGCCUGCGGAACAUGAAGAACAGCUUCGUUGAACAAAUCCUUCAGGACCUGGCGCGCGUCACCCCUCGUAGGACCCCGAGCGUGAGGUCCGACUUUGGCAGCAAGACCACGGACUGGUCCAGCCUGCUGCCGAUUCGCAGGGUCGUAUUCGGUGGGCAGAACCGCGACACUGGCGUCUCAUUCGAAGCUUUCGUGGACGCGAUCCUGAUGCCCGAUCUCCCGAAGCGGGUGGAGCCGAGACUCUCUCGCGGCGUCGAACAAAUACAGUAUGUCUUGCUCAAGCAGGACGUCGAGGAGGUCAUCAACAAGCUGUCUCGAACGCGCCUCGCAACCACUGAGGACCUGCAUCCAUCUCGAGCCGCGCGGAAGACGCAGACCCUGUGGCGCAGGAAGAUGGACAACGCCCUGAACGUAGCGGUCGGGCUGAUUGUCAUCGCCAGCAUUUUCUGCUUGGGCCUCAGCAAAGAAACGAAUCCUCACUGGGACGGCUGGUUGGUGCUGGAGGUCAUGUUCGCGGCCACCUUCGUUGCGGACUCGGCCCUGAGGAUCUCGAUUCAUGGUUGGGGCGAGUUCUGGUUUGGCCCAGAGCGGCACUUGAACUGGCUCGAUGUCAUGGUCACCACUGUAUCGGUUACGGAUGUUUGUCUCUCCAUAGGCACCCAGCACUUGUCAGACGGGGCGGUGUUCAGAAGAUUCAUGCUGCUCUUCCGCGUGUUCCGACUCAUACGUCUUGGCCGUCUUCUGAGACUUAUCCGUUCGCCGUUAGUCCGCGAGCUCUCGAAUAUACUCAUGGGCUUAGUGAUUGGUUCGCCAGCCCUCUUGUGGGUCUCGGUCGUCAUCUGGGUCGUGGUAGCCUUGGUAGCGAUGAGCCUUCGGAUUGCGGUCGGCCCCGACCCUGGCGAUGUCGACCUGGUAAAAAAGUGCGGCCCCGGUGACAAACCCAACUUCACGGUGGACACGGACCCCGAUUGUGCACGUCACAAACUCUACGCAGAAGAGUUCUGUGGUUCGUUGCCGAAGUGCAUGUUCACAGUGUUCCGCUGCAUUAUCGGCGACUGCACCAGCGAGGCCGGCCAAUCUUUGCCAGCGCAUCUCAGUUCAGGCUUCGGCAUGAAGUUCGACAUUGUUUACCUCACUGGUAUGGUAUUAAUGAUCUUUGGUCUGUUCAAUGUAAUCACCGCACGGUGGCGUAUAUUCGUGGAGGCCACCAUGGAUGGCCUGAAGUUCAACGACCAGAAGCAGAAGCUGCGGAGCCUCUACGAGCACGAUCACGUGAAGCGGAAGCUGACGGAGCUCGUGUGCCGGAUCCAGUUCGUUGCCUCGUGCCUCUGCUCGGGCGAGGAGGCGAGCGACGGCCCGGCGAAUCCGUCGCAGAGCUCGAGCACGUUGCUGCGCAGCAUGAGCAGCGGCUGGGGGGCGCACCUGUCCGAGGAUCCAGAUUCCGUUGAAAAUAUAAAGCUGACGGAAGACCAGUUCUUCGCCGUCAUUCAGGACGGCGCCGUCCAGCGGAUCUUGGAGCAGUUGGACAUAGAGACGGGGGGGGCCGGCAAUUCCUUCCUCUUCGACAUCAUGGACGCGAAUGGCAACGGCCUGGUGGACGUGGCGGAAAUGUUAGAUUUCCUGAUGAAGCUGAGGGGGGGGCCCAUGAAGGUCGACAUGGUCGCCCCCUCGGUGGCCCUCCGCGGGGUGCAGCAGGAACUCCGGCGCCUGGCGUCGAGGCUCGAGAAGCCAGCGGCGGCCGACUCACAGGGCGCCAGCCCCAAGGCCAGCCCCAGCAGGUGA